AUGCCACAACUUCAGUCUGUUUUUCUUAAAAAUGUUUUACUUUAUUUGGAAACUCUCGACGAUAUUCUGAAUUUUAUGUUAGUGAGUCGGAUAUGUAAUGAGUCUGUCCAAACGAUGUAUAUCAACUCUUAUAAAUUAUCACAGCACAAUGCAAUUUUAGAUAUUUUAGACUAUUUCCCCAGUCUUGAAACGAUGUUUAUUGAUUCUCCCAAAACUGGCAUUUCAAGUGCAGUUGGUCGAGAAAUUCCAACACUGGAAUUUACUCUUUUAAAUCCAAAUUACAAAUUAUCGAAAAUUUUAACAUCGAAAUGGCUUCCUUCUAAACUUAAACGUCUUAAAGUGGUUCUUCACACCUUUUCCGAUUUACCUUCGGAUUUUUCAGUUUAUGAAAAUCUCACAGAAGUUUCUAUUGACGUUUUGUAUAUUUAUCAAAACAACAAGCAAUUCAUUGAAAGUAUUUUGAGUCAAAAAUCUCUCAAAAAAGUUGUGUUAUAUUUUUCAUACAAAUUUUUGGUUCAUUUAUUAGACUUUGACUAUUCAACAAGAAAAGACGUGCAUUUCACUUUCGUUGUGAACGACGAGAAUAAUUACAUUGGCCAAAAAUCCACCAAACCAUUCGACUUUAAAAUCAUCAAAUUAUUUCCAAAAAAUGUCAACAUUUUCUUCACGUUCUUGUCAAAUGAAACGGCCGACUGUGUGUAUGUCCCCUUCCACUCACGACCCUUUUACAACAAAACUUUAAUUAAUCAACUUCGUCUUAUUGAAGAUGCUGCAAAUAACACUGAAUUGGUUGCUAAAUACUUAGAAUCGACUUUAAUAGAAAGCGUUGUGAUGUGUAACUCGGCGGAAAGAAGAAAUAUCAGAUAUGAAUUAAAAGAUCCAAUUUCGGCGAAUUAUUUUGAGUUCGAAAACGUCAAAGAAAUUGAAAUUAGUGAUUUUAUGUUGGACAAUUUUGUGCUUCCAAAAAACACGAGAAAAGUCUGUUUGAAGAACGUUGGUGGAGUUCUUGAGAUGUCGAAGUGUAAAGUCGAGAGUUUUGAAAUGACUUUUUGUGAUCUUAAGAGUCUUGUUUUGGACGACGAAAAGAUCACACAUUUUGAUAUUCAUAACACAGAAAUUUCUCUUGUCCACAAGAGUAAAAAUAUAGUGACACUUUUUAUAUUAAUUUGGAUCAAAUUGAAGUGUUUAGGGUUCAAGACAACACUCGGAAUUCAAAUG